AUGACCGCCAGCGUCCCCACCACGCCGGCUCCGCUCGAGCCACCGUUGCCGGCGGUGGAGGCACCACUGAACAAGACACCUUUGCCUGACACUCCCGCCGCCACCAAUACGCCAGAAGCACACCGUGUCAAUGGUAGCGGUAAUGGCAACAGCCAGCACGACGGACCCAUCUCCCCCACCAUUGCCUCGCCGUCCUUUGCCGCCCUUCAACGUGUUACGAGCUCGGAUACCAGCGCUCAGGACACGGGCUCGGACUUUGGUGACGACGAGCGCGACCGCGACCGCGAACGUUCGUCGACCCCGGAUAUGCCCUCUGCCGCCGCCCUUCGCCAAAGGUACCAUCGCCAUAUCAGCCGGAGUGCCGCCAAACGUGAUAGCGUGGCGGCCUUGCCCUCCAUUCGCGACCUGCGCCUUCAUUUCGGCGGUGGACUCGAGCACCGGGCGGGCCUCGGUGUCGGUAUUCGUUCUCUGGGCGCAACAUACGAGGAGGAGGAUGAACCGCGCCUUGCCGGUGGGUCCGAAUCCCCACGCCCCAUUCACAAGCCGUGGAAGGACGUCCAGCUCGCGCGCGUCGGUCCCGAGCAAGCACGAAGCGAGGCUCGUGACCUCGUAGCGACUGUUCGCGGCAAGUGGGGUUUGGUGGCACGCACUAGUUCAAGCUCGUCAUCCCCACCACCGUCACCCACCCCACCGCCAGAGGACGUACGUGCACUGCUGGUGGAAACGGCCCGCGCAGUCCGCCGUGUGCGUACCCUGGCGCUAUCACUGGUCUCCGGCCAACGCCGCGUGUCCAUGCCCCUAAAGGGCCCAUCUCCAUCGUUCAUGAACACGCCCUCACGCCCCGCCAUGCCCCGCGUCGUGAGUGGCGGCCAGCUCGUGGCCCCCAUCGGUCUUCCCGACCCGUCGUCGCAUGUCCGCCGAGCCGCACUCGACCUUCUCGGCCAGCUCCGCACUCUCGAGGAGCGGGUGCGUGUUCAGCACGACGCCCCCAUGGUGGUCAUUAUUCCUUCUGCUUACGAGCCGACACUUGUCACGUCUCCUGUCGACGAGUUUCCACCUGAUUGCCCAACAAGCGCUAGCCCUGGUCCAGCUGACCGCCGUCUCUCGACCUCUUCCCUCCGCCCGUCCACUUCAAGCAUCGAGGAUAUUUUCUCCGACGACGAAGAGUGGAAUGUCAACUAUGCAGCGCGCGAGGCCGAGCAGUUCGAGGACAAGCCACGGCAGGCGUGGGAGGAAAGACUCGUUGCGGAGGAACGCGCGUACAGGCCUCUCGAAAGUGGUCUGUGGGCUGCCGACAGCGCUGCUACUCGCGAAGCCGCACGGCGCUGGGCCGACGUUGUCGAUCUUGCCUUUGGCGAGCGCGAAAACGGCAACGCUACCUCCGUCUCGGCAUGGGCGGAGGGCACAGGACCCAAGCGCACGCGUGCUUUCCUCGCUGCCAACCUCUCGCCUGACCACGCCGCUCUGCUUCCUGCACCUUCCGAUGACGACAGCGCCCUCCUUGCCCGCCUCUCGGAUGGAUACCUCCUUGUUCAGGCUUACAACGAGUCGCUCCACGCGAGUUCCAGGCCGUGGGGUUUUAUCAAUGCCGACGAAAUGUUCGAUACGCUCAGUUCGGCAACCGAGUCGGGCAAGGAAUGGACGUUCCGCCGCGUCCAGAACUUGACCUGCUGGGCAGCCGCUCUCCGUCUUCGUUACAACCUCCCCAUCACACUCCCGCACUCGGCCGUCCUUGCACCCCCAACGCUGCCAGACGGCAAGCCCGCGCCUCUCCCCCCACGCGUGCCCUCGACUGGCGGUCCAGGCGGACGCCGAAAGGACCUCCCCCGCAUCGACUUUGACCCGCUUGUGGUCGCCAAGCGCACGGAGGGUUGGGAGGCCAUGCUCCGCUCUGUCGUCUCGACGUGGGUCGAGGAUGCGGCGAGAGAGACGCGUGGCGAGGCCACACCUGCCCCAGGCAGGUUAUCGUUUGACUCUGCGCUUGCCCUGGAGUCGUCUACCGAGGAGGUGGUGGAAGACGAGGCCGCCACCGCUGUAGCUGCAGCCCAGUGA